AUGUCACCAAGACAGAUCAUCUCAAAUAUUCCUCAGAGUUAUGAGGCCGCACUGAAGGCUGGCGAUUUGUUCUUCUUCCCGUCGACAGUGAUCAAGCUCGUCGAUUCCGACAUUGAGUUCGAGAUAAGAGUAUGCCCAGCAUUGCAGAAGAAACCCACACUUCCAUCCCUUCACUUCGACACGGUCGGUCUACCAGUCGAAUCGGACAGAGGAGCGCCUGAUAUUAAAGGAAGGACGUUGGACCCCUUCUCCCCACCUUAUAACCCCAACCUUUACGUCGGAGAUCUCAAAGAUGAGGAAAGCCAAGAGGAAUUCGUUAUCCUGCUCAAUAAAUUCUCGGUCGUCCCUCACCAUUUCCUGCUUGUGACAAAAGAAUUUAAAUCGCAGACAUCUCCGUUGUUGCCGUCUGAGCUUGUCCAGGCUUAUACUCUUAUAUCCACUGCCUCUCGAGCAGGAAAACAUUUCUUUGCUUUUUAUAACUGUGGCGAGAACAGUGGGGCCAGUCAACCACAUAAGCAUAUUCAAUUUAUUCCUUUGAAUCCUGAAGAUGCCAAGGGACCGCCUAUAGAGCAUCUUGCAGGCCAAGUGAAUCUAGAAACUCCAGAUAAACCCUUCUCGCUAACAAAGCUAUCCUUCGCCAACCACGUUUUUCGCCUAUCACCCCGUUUAGACACAUACCCACUUGAUGAGCUAGAAAGGGUACUUUCGAGUGCCUUCAUGCAGCUUUUGGAUCUCGUUAUAUCCACUAUCCGGCACGACCCAGAUUACCCACCUGGAAAACCAUCGUACAAUGUGAUGUUGACCCUCAAUCACCUGUACCUGAUCCCUCGACGACGAGAAACACAUACCCUUCAAGCCACUGGAGAAAAGCUCAGCGUCAAUGCACUUGGAUUUGCUGGCAUGUUGUUGGUUAAAAGUCACGAAGAACUUGAGGCUUUGAAGGACGAGUCUAUUUCGAAAAUUCUUCGUGGGGUUGGGUUGCAAAGUGUACACGAUUUGCAAGUUGAGGGGCAGUGA